GAAAGAAUGUCCAUUCCUAAUAUCACCCAGUUCCACCCUUCUUCAUUCCUUCUUUUGGGUAUCCCAGGGCUAGAAGUUGCGCACGUCUGGAUUGGGUUCCCUUUCUUCUGUGUGUAUAUUGUUGCUCUUCUGGGGAAUGCUGCUAUUCUCUUUGUGAUCCAAACUGAACGUAGUCUCCAUGAGCCCAUGUACUACUUCCUAGCCAUGUUGGACUUCAUUGACCUGGGUUUAUCCACAGCCACCAUCCCCAAAAUGUUGGGCAUCUUCUGGUUCCACCUCAGGGAUAUUGCGUUUGAUAGCUGCCUUUUCCAAAUGUUCCUCAUCCACUUCUUCACUGCCAUGGAAAGCAUUGUGCUCGUGGCCAUGGCAUUUGACCGCUAUGUUGCCAUUUGUAAACCUCUUCGUUACUCCAUGAUUCUCACCAACAAAGUCAUCAUCAUCAUCGCAUGUGUUGCCAUUUUGCGGAGCCUGUGCAUGGUGGUUCCUCUUGUGUUUCUUCUCCUGAGGCUGCCCUACUGUGGACAUCGCAUCAUCCCUCAUACCUACUGUGAGCACAUGGGCAUUGCUAGACUGGCCUGUGCCAGCAUCAAAAUCAACAUAAUAUUUGGCCUUGGAGACAUGUCUAUUUUACUAUUAGAUGUACUUCUUAUUACUCUUUCUUAUGUUCGGAUUCUCUAUGCUGUCUUUCGUCUACCAUCCUGGGAAGCUCGAUUUAAAGCUCUCAACACCUGUGGCUCCCACAUUGGUGUUAUCCUAGCCUUUUUUACACCAGCAUUUUUCUCUUUCUUGACACACCGUUUUGGCCGCAAUGUACCUCAGUAUAUCCACAUCUUGUUAGCUAAUCUAUAUGUGGUUGUUCCACCAGCCCUCAAUCCUGUAAUUUAUGGGGUCAGGACCAAACAAAUUAGAGAGAGAGUUUUGAAGAUAUUUUUGAAAAAGGAUGUUUAA